AUGAGUGUGGAUCUGGCUUGUCCCCAAAGCUCGCCUUGCCCCGAAGCAUCCAAUUCUAGGGAAACUUCACCAGAGCCUGAGAUUUAUGGGCCUGAAGAAAAUUAUGCAUCCUUGCAAAUGUCAUCUGCUGAGACACUCCACACAGAAAAUGUCUCUCCUCUUUCUUCCUCCAUGGAUCUGCUUAUUCAGAACAGCCCUGAUUCUUCCACCAGUCCCAGCGUAAUACUACCCACUUCUGUAGAAAACACAGUGAAGAAGGAAGAGAAGGUCCAGGUCAAGAAACAGAAGAUCAGAACCGUGUUCUCACAGACCCAGCUCUGUGUACUCAAUGAAAGAUUUCAGAGACAGAAAUAUCUCAGCCUCCAGCAGAUGCAAGAACUUUCCAACAUUCUGAACCUUAGCUACAAACAGAUUAAGACCUGGUUCCAGAACCAAAGAAUGAAAUGUAAGAGGUGGCAGAAAUACAACUGGCCAAAGAACAGCAACUAUAUGACUCGGAAGGGCUCAGCAACUGCAGAGUACCCGGGCCUCUCUUCCUGUUACCAGGGAUGCCUGGUGAACGCUUCUGGAAACUUUUCAAUGUGGAGCAACCAGGCCUACAAUAACCCAACUUGGAACAACCCUUCCUGGAACAGCCAAUCUUGGAGCUACCAUUCCUGGAACAGUCAGAGUUGGUGCCCUCAAUCCUGGAAUAACCAGUCUUGGAACAACCAGGCCUGGAACAAUCAAGCCUGGAACAAUCAGUUCUACGGUUAUGGGGAGGAAGCCCUGCCACCCCAGAUCCAGUUCCAGCAAAAUCGACCUGUCAGUGAUUUGGAGGCCACCUUGGAAACUGCUGAGGAAAGCUAUGAUGUGAUACAGCAAACCCCUAAGUAUUGUAGUACACAGCAAAUCAUGGAUUUAUUCCCAAAUUACUCCAUGAAUAUACAGCCUGACGAUGUGUGA